UUUCUGCCAGCAGUUUUUUGCAAUGGUCUUUUUGGAAGCUGCAGGCUCUGGGCAAGGGCCCGGCGACGAGUAAAAGCAAAGACGACCUCGUGGUGGCCGAGGUGGAGAUCAACGACGUGCCGCUCACGUGCAGGAACCUGCUGACGCGGGGGCAGACGCAGGACGAGAUAAGUCGGCUAAGUGGAGCAGCUGUCUCAACUCGAGGGAGAUUCAUGACUGCAGAAGAGAAAGGCAAAGUGGGACCUGGAGAUCGUCCUCUGUAUCUUCAUGUCCAGGGGCAGACACGGGAGCUGGUGGACCGAGCCGUUAACAGAAUUAAAGAGAUAAUCACUAACGGCGUGGUGAAAGCUGCCACGGGCUCCAGCCCCACGUUCAACGGGGCCACGGUUACCGUCUACCACCAGCCGGCCCCCAUUGCUCAGCUCUCCCCAGCAGUUGGCCAAAAACCUCCGUUUCAAUCAGGGAUGCAUUACGUUCAGGACAAAUUAUUUGUUGGUCUGGAACAUGCUGUACCCACGUUUAAUGUGAAAGAAAAGGUGGAAGGGCCUGGCUGCUCCUACCUGCAGCACAUCCAGAUUGAGACGGGGGCCAAGGUCUUUCUGCGGGGGAAAGGCUCGGGCUGCAUAGAGCCAGCGUCGGGCAGAGAAGCCUUUGAACCCAUGUACAUCUAUAUCAGCCACCCAAAGCCGGAAGGUCUGGCAGCUGCUAAAAAGCUGUGUGAGAAUCUCCUACAAACUGUGCACGCCGAGUACUCUCGCUUCGUGAAUCAGAUAACCACUGCAGUCCCCAUGGCAGGCUUCGCGCCGCCCGCGGCGCUGGGCAGCGUGCCUUCCCAGCCGUCCUACUACCCCUCCAACGGCUACCAGUCCGGCUACCCCGUGGUGCCCCCUCCUCAGCAGCCCGUCCAGCCGCCGUACGGGGUGCCGGGCAUGGUGCCGCCCGCGGUGCCCUUGGCUCCCGGCGUCCUCACCACGGUGCCCACCGGAGUUCCGCCUGUGCCCACGCAAUAUCCCAUCUCUCAAGUGCAGCCUCCAGCCAGCACCGGCCAGACUCCGCUGAGUGCUCCUUUUCUGCCCGCUGCCCCCGUAAAAACCUCCCUGCCUGCUGGAACACAGCCCCAAGUGCAGCCCCCUUCCCAGGGCCAAAAGAGGCGCUUCACUGAGGAGCUCCCAGACGAGAGAGAGUCGGGACUGCUGGGAUAUCAGCAUGGACCCAUUCAUAUGACUAAUUUAGGUACAGGCUUCUCCAGUCAGAGUGAAAUCGAUGGAACAGGAUCGAAGCCAGCAAGUUCCUCAGGAAAGGAGAGAGAGAGGGACAGGCAGUUGAUGCCUCCACCAGCUUUUCCUGUCACUGGGAUGAAAUCGGAAUCUGAAGAAAGAAAUGGUGCGGGGUCCUUACUAGGCAACCACGAUCAUCAAGCUAAGAAGAUGAAAACAACAGAAAAAGGGUUUGGAUUGGUGGCAUAUGCAGGAGAUUCAUCAGAUGAAGAGGAGGAACAUGGUGGUCAUAAAAAUGCAAGUACUUUUUCACAGGGAUGGAGCUUGGGGUACCAGUACCCUUCUUCACAACAGCGAGCUAAACAACAGAUGCCAUUUUGGAUGGCACCAUAAAGGCUACAGAACAAUUUUCAUACGUCUUUUUUUUUUUUC